AUGAGAGCGAAGUGUAGUGCUAUAUGGGUAUACUUUAAUGAAGUAGACGGUGAUACUGUGCGUUGUAACUUGUGCAAUCAAACUUAUUCAAGAAAAGGUCGCGGGACUUCUGGAUUACGAAGCCAUCUCAAGUCACGGCAUAAAACGGAAUAUGCUGAGUAUGAAAAAUGUGCAGAGGCUUCGAAAAAGGCUGAAGUGCAAAAACGUCAGUGCACAGAAGAACCUUCUCUUCAGUUGGUCAAGAGGCAAGCUUUACAAGAGUCAUUAAUGAAAGACCACUGCUGGGAUUUAUCACACGAAAAAAGUCGCGAGCUUGAUAAAUUAAUCUGCGAAAUGAUUGCGUUGCAAGAUUUGCCUUUCAAUUUUGUAGAGGGUAUUGGUUUUAGACGUUUUGUCCAUGCCGCUCAGCCUGAAUAUGAUUUAAAAGAACCUCACUAUUAUACUUCUCAUUUGUGUAAUUACAUUUAUCCUAAACUUUAUUUAAAGAUUAAAAACAUUAUAAAAGAUUUGCAACACGUAUCUUUCACUACUGAUAUAUGGACAGAGCCUGGAGCUGAUGUUUCUAUGCUAAAUUUUACAGUCCAUGGCAUUAAUGAUGAUUUCAAAAGGGUAUCUUUACUUCUUAAAUGUCUCACGCUCGAAGAACGACACACUGGCGAUCUGGUGGCUCAAAAGCUCGACGAAAUACGAGAGGAAUGGGACAUUCCUCGGCAAAAGCUACAUGCAAUAAUUAUCCGUGACGGUGGAUCUAAUAUGAGACGAGCUGCCCGUAUCCCGCAAAUCGAUAUAGAUUGCACCUUACAUCAAAUACAGUUGUGUAUACGUUCAGCUUUGGCCAGUAAUGAACAUUUCUCAACGCUGUUGGCUAAAUGUAAACAGAUUUCAACGCACUUCAAUCAUACUAUAACUGGACAAAAAGAAUUGAACGACUUUCAAGAAUGCCUGGGUUUACCUCAGCUGUCAGUUAUACAAGAAUGUGAUACUCGGUGGAACAGCAUGUUUUAUAUGAUUGAGCGACUAAUUAAGAUAAAGGAUGCUAUCAUACUAUAUACAUCGCUACAUCCAAAUUUGCCGCAACUUGUACCAAGUGAUUGGUUGAAACUUGAAAAUUGUGCGAAAAUUCUGAAACCCUUUGAAGAGGUAACUAAAACUUUGAGCAGCACUGAUGCAAGCAUAUCCUCUGUUAUACCACUGAUUCAUGUCUUAACAUGUACAAUGCAAAAACAUUUGAGAGAAGAUAACAUCGGUAAUGACCAAGAUUGCAAAAAUGUCACCCAAAAACUUAUAGGAGAGAUUAACAACCGCUUCGGUGAGCUUCAUAAUAAUAAUCUCUAUGCUAUCUCUACUUAUUUGGAUCCAAAAUACAAAACGAAAUUUUUUAAUGAAAUAACUAAAGAACGCAUUGAAUUAGCACUAUUAACUGAAGUUAGUAUAUCAACCAGCCAACGCCCAAUAGAUAAUGUCGUCAUGGAAGCUGACAAUCAACCAUCCACUAGUUCUGGAGUUUACACAUCCUGCCCCACAGCCGCCGCUUCCACGGGAAAUACUAUAGAUUCAAUGUUAGCCGAAAUGCUAGCCUCUGAACCAAAUAGUGACGAUGAAUUUGAAACUUUACCAGAAGAUAAAUGCCUGGUACUAAAGUCAUUAUUAAAUAACUACGUUAAAGAAAAACGAAUUCAUAUGCAUGAAGACAGUCUUCUAUGGUGGAAAAAUAAUCCCAAAUAUUCGAUGCUAUACGGAGCUGUACGGCAAUACCUAUCUUCUCCUCCAUCAAGUGUCCCCAGAGAACGACUUUUUAGCAAUGCUGGAUUGGUCGGCAUCACUGUCAGAUAA